CCAAUAUGCCUCCAAUUUCUCUUUUUUUCUUCGUUCUAAUCAUUUUUUCUUCAGGAGGGCGAAUAUCGGAGAGUGCCCGUGUUUUCACGAUAAUAAACAACUGCAAAGAAACAAUCUGGCCGGGAAUAUUCCCGGGAGAGAAUUUCAAUGGCGGCGGUUUUGCUCUUAAACGCGGGCAAUCCAUCGUUUUCAACGCGCCGGUGGGAUGGUCAGGUAGAAUAUGGGGCCGAACCGGUUGCACUUUCGACGAGAACGGGACCGGAGAAUGCCAGACCGGAGCCUGUGGAAAUUCCCUAAAAUGCUCGGGAUCAGGAAAGACACCGGCAUCGCUGGCGGAGUUCACUCUGGCAGCGCUGGAUUUCUACGACGUGAGUUUGGUGGACGGGUUCAAUUUGCCGAUGGCGGUAAGGCCGAUAAACGGGACUGGGAAAUGCGGGGUGGCGGGGUGCGAUAAGGAUCUGAGACCGGAAUGCCCUAAGGAAUUGGCAGUGAAAUCGAAGGGAAAAGUGGUGGCAUGCCGGAGCGCAUGUGAUGUGUUUGAUAAGGAUGAGUAUUGUUGCAGAGGAGUUUAUGGGAAUCCGAUGACUUGCCGCCCAACGUUUUAUUCGAAGAAGUUUAAGGACGCUUGUCCCACGGCUUAUAGUUAUGCUUAUGAUGAUCCAACAAGUAUUUUCACUUGCUCUGCUGCUGAUUAUGUCAUCACCUUCUGCUCCAACAGGAAUCAGCCGGUUUGCACUUACCAUAACCACAAGCUGGUUUGCAGUGGUUCAAACACCUUGAAAUCCUUCGUCCCAGAACGCUGGGCACUUCCAAUGGCCGCUUUUGUAUUUCUCAUCAAUUCAUGGCUUAUUUUUCAAAUUUGAGGCUCCAUAUUUUUCACAUAUUUAACUUAUGCAUCCAUUCCUUUUUUUAAAAAAAAAAUUAUUUAUUUUGUGUUUGUAAUUAUUUUAUUUUAUUUUUCUUCAAGUCACACAAAGUGACGAAAUUAGGUUGUGGAGUCGAGGCUAUGUAAUAUUUUCAAUUAUAUUCCUACUUCAUAUAUAUCAUUUAACUUUAAUAACAUUUAAUUGAAACUUCAUUAGCUUCUCAA